UUGCCUUUCAGGAAGUCAAAUUUGCCCUCAAACAAAAACAAGGCACGAAGAAGAGAGGGAAAACAGACAAGAAGAAGAACAAGCACAACGCGCAAAGCUGUCGCUUGUUCGAGCGCGAAUCAGCAUCUCACACACGACGAACCUCGGCAAGCGACGCCAGCAACAGGGACUUGCUCUUGGUGUGCUGCUUCUGCUGCCCGUCCCUGUCGGCCGCACGCUGUUGCUCGCGCGUUGAGCACACGGCCACUACAACUUCGACUACUUCGACUACUUCGACUACCACGACCCACAAACGACAGCAGGCCACCCCUUCAGCAUGUCGCUCAGCUUACAGCGAGAUGUCGUCUCCGAUGAUGACAUUGACACGUUCAUGGCUUCGCCGCUCGUGGCCUGGCUGAAAGGGCUGGCGAAGGAUACAUCCACAGGGCUGAACAGCUUCUCGGAUCUGGUGGAUGGCAUCUUCCUGAACGAAGUCGCCUGCGUCCUGGACGAGGACUUCUUCGGGGACUACAUUGGCGGGGUGGAGGAGAACGUGGAUGGCGACACCGACAAGCAGAACACGAACCUGAACCUGCUGCUGGAGUCGCUCACAAACUACUAUCAGGACCAUCUUCACAGCGUGCUCGUGCUUGAACUGCCAAUUCCCGCCACCAUCACCCGCAAACCCCUGCUCGCUGCUGGUCUCGAGUCGAUUCGCCGCUUUAUUGUCCUGCUUCUCGGCGUGUCCGUCAAAUGCAGCGCAAAGGAGCGCCAUGUUGAGUACAUGCAGUCUUUCGACUCCGCAACUCAGGUGACGCUGAUGGCGGCCAUUCAGGAAGUGCUCACGGGCGUCGUCGACGUCUCCUUCGAUCUUGAGGACGCGCCCCGCGAACACCUGGCGAGUGCUCUGACGACUGCGCUGCAGCGGCUGAACGAAGCUGUUGCUGAUCGCGACAAGCAGUCGCAGCACCUCGAUAACACACUUGCAAUGAUGGAGGCAAAGCAGCCCUCCUCUCGCGGUUCAAGCCGGCACCGCACAUCCGACACGAGUGUGGGCAGUGUGCGAGAUCUUGAGUACCGCAUGCAGCUGCUACGCGACGAACUUGAGGACAAGGACCGCAUGCAGCGCGAUGUGACAGACGCAAACCGGAAGUUACGAUCAGAGAACAACGAGCUCACAUCAAAGGUGCGCGAGCUGUAUGUGCUGGUGGAGGACACACAGAUGUUGAAGGACGAGCUCGACGAGUGGCGGCAGAAGGGAAUCGACACCGAGAAAACGCAGCGCGAGCUCACAAAAUGCAAGGAAAAGUUGGAGGAUCAAGAAUACUUGCUGCGACGCAUCGAGGACCUGCAAGAGCAAUUGAAUCUCUCGAUUGAGCGAAACGAGCGACUUCGCGGCGCCCUGCACAACGCAGAGGAAACACAGCGCAUCUCAGCGUCGCGGGAGAGCGAAAACCGCAUGUUGGAGGCGCAAAUUAAGGAGUUGACACACACGCAGGACAGGCACUUGAAGCGCAUUCGUGAAAUCACCUCUCAAUCCGUCAGGCUGGAGGAGGAAAACAAGCACCUGAAAAGCAAGGUUGCAAGGCUAGAAACAACAGCAUCUUCGAAGCCGGAGGAGGGCGGGGUGGCGGUGUCGUCGUCGUCGUCACCAUCACCGUCUGAUGCGACGGAGAGCAACCGCGUGCGCAAACUGGAGGACGAGAACGAGAAGCUGACUGCGCAGCUGAAGCGGCUGCACACAUCCACAUCCACGGAGGAGGCAGACACGGAUGCUCUCAAGGAGGAGCGCGAGCGCCAGCAACGCGAGAUCAGCAAACUUACCGCCGAGCUGACAUCGAGUGAACAGCAGAAUGAGGAGCUGCGGCUCCGCGUCAAAGAGCAAACGGAACAGCUGGCCAAGGCCCAGGAAACGGUGACGUCAUUGCAGGAGCAGGUGGCGUCACUCAAGUCGAACGCGGCCUCUGCCUCCCCGCUCAGCAUCGAGAAGAAGCUUGGGGAUGUGUUUGAGCGCGGUGUUCGACUUAAGGACGGGCGCAUCAAGACGCUGGAGGCGCGGCUCAAGGAGGCAACAGAACACAACGAACAGCUCAAGCAGGACAUGGCGCUUGCGAAGCGGCACAUUGAGCUGUUGCGCUCUGCUGCCAGCCGACGAGACAGCUCGCCGCUCGCCACGCGUCGUGCCCCGUCAUCCAGCAAGCUCUCAAGCGCAACCGGCAGUCCCCUCGUCUCGCAGACAGACCGCGCCACCAAAUCUUCCUCCCAAUUCGCAUUCGAUGGCGCAAGCGAGCAGUCGUCACCUGUGUCGGCCGUGUCGCUGUUGCAAGCAGAACUGAGUGCACUGAAGAGCGAGAACAGCAUGCUCAAGCAGUCCCUCGAGGCAGCACGCGCAACAUCAUCAGACACGAACGAGGUUGUUGGUCUUCGCGAGAAACUAGACAACAUCAGCAACAUGAAUGAGAUGCUUGUGAGCGAAUGCGACAAGUUGCGACGACAGGCGCGCACACUCGAGCGGGAAGCACACAAGCAUCGCGCGGCGGAGUUGAAGCAGCAGGACAAAGUGAAGCUGCUGACGAAGAUCAAGGCCAGUUUGGAGGCAGAGAACGCGUCAUACGUGGAGAAACUUAACAGCUUGCUGAAGCAAAACCAAGACCUGCUUGUGAAGUCACUGCAGAGCACCACGCAGCUGAAGGACAAGGAGGAAGAGUUGCGACAGCAGGUGCACAACUGGACAAAGGAGCGCGAGGCGUUGACGGAUGAACUGGAACAGGCCCGAAGCAAGAAGAAGCUCUUUCGAUUCUUCAAAAAGAAGGGCAAGAGUGGCGGUUCAACCACACCAGAUCCAGCCCCAUCGACGCGCUCCCCUGAUCUCCACAACGGCGGGGACGAGAGCGGGUCGUCCACGGCCAACGCGUCGCCGGUGAUGAUUGCAAAGCGCUCCUCCAUCGCAGACAGCGGCGACAUCUCAACCUCGGACCCGGAGCUGUACAAACACAGCAUGGAGGAUGUGGCGGGGGCAGCAAAAACACGCGCGCGCGCUGACACGAUGCACCGCAGUGACGCUGGUCGCGCGCACCAUCAAACGCACAGUCGGGACUCGAGCGAUGUGCAGACGGUAAACGAAUUCCUACAGGAACAAGCGCAGCUGCAACAACAAGAGGAGCUGCACGCGCAAGACGUACAGGAGGUGUUUCAACAACCACAACCACAAGAAUCACAACCACAGCCACAACAGCAGCCGCAAGGGGAGCUCCCGGCCAUGUCCAAUGGCCACCACCAGCAGCAUAUGGCGACGAGUGGAAGCGCCCUUAACCAGAGCAUUGGGUCAAACAGCAGCUUCCGAACACGCGCAAGGACAGCGCUGGACGUGUUCAUUGGCGCGGAUCGUCCGUCCACUGCACCCGAAGUUGGCAUGGACGAUGUGACACACACGUCCGUGAUGACGCCAUCGUCCUCGGCGCUGUCGGCGUCGUUUUCCGGCGCACCGGCCCUGGACGCCACCUUCCCGAUGGGGAAAGGCCGCAGCCGCGCGUACACGGGCGCAAAGCCGACGGAUGGUGACGGACGCAGGCAGCGCCAUCGCAGUGGAGAGCGCACGCGCAAGUCACCGUCACACCGCAGCCGUGAUCGCGGGGACCGACGAAGACACACGCACGCGUCUCGCAGCAGCGACGCCGGCCGUGGUGAUGGCGGCGAAGCGGACGAACACACGCCAUCGCGCUCUCGCCGCAAGAAGACACCAUCCUCCUCGCGUGGCAGCGGUGUCAGUGCCGGCGGCGGUGGUGGUAGCGGCGCUAGCAAGCUGUCAUCAUCUGCGUCUGGUGCAGCGCUGGAGGGCGAAGUGCCGUUCUCGCGCACGUGGCGCUCUUCAAUCAGCGGCGCCUCCCGACGCGGCGUGCAGAUUAAGCACAAGCGGGGACUGCACAUGUCAACCUCCGCUGCGGACGAAUUGCGGGCGUCCAGUUCUCCACGUGGGCUCUACACACGCUCGCUCUCGUCUACCGCAGCGUCCGUGCUGGAUCCUUCGUCCACACAGCGAAACCGGAACGACGAAAGUGGACGCCGCCAGUCCAUUGGACCAUCAUCGCUUCUGCGCUCCUCAAACUCGUCCCACUCCACCUUGAUGCCCUCAGACAAAGGCGACCGCCGUCGCUCGAGCUCCUCUCAUCCACACGGCCCCAGCAGAUCUCGAUCGAAAACGAGAGAUGCCGGGAACUGGUUUGAGUUUGGCAAGGUCUAGCUGACACCAACAACAACAACAACAACAAC